AUGGAUGCCGAUACCAACUCCAACUAUCCCGAGUCCCCCACAGAGGAAGAUGAGGUCUUCUUGUGCAAAGGCUGCGGCGAGAUUCUAGAACAGGGGCGAGCCUUUGAGCUUGCUGGCCACCGGUGGCACCUUGGCUGCUUCCGCUGUCACUCAUGCGCCACCCUCCUCGACUCGGACGCCAACCUGUUGCUGCUAGGCGAUGGCUCGCUCAUCUGCAACAACUGCACCUACAGCUGUAGCUCCUGCGGCAACAAGAUCGAGGACCUCGCCAUUCUGACCGGUGAUCAAGCUUUCUGCGCCACUUGCUUCAAGUGCCGCAACUGCAAGAGGAAGAUUGAGAACCUACGAUAUGCGCGAACCAGCCAGGGCAUCUUCUGCAUGAGUUGUCACGAGAGCUUGAUGGCCAGACGACGGAAAAAGGCAAAGGCGUCCAAACAGAUAGCCGCUGCAGGGAGCAACAACCCUAUAGUGCUAGACAAGAGUCUGCCUGCACUACCGCCGAAUGCCGUCUCCCAGAGUGCCCUGCGAGAGUCUUCUCCCUCGGGUUCCUACUCCAGCGACCACCUCAAGGCCAGCCACGACAGGCAGCGGGACGCAUCGCCCAUGUCUGUGUCUGACCAUGGCGAGAGAGGCAGCAGCCGUCACCGAUCCCACAUGGGAACUCCCUCGGACCAAGCGCCAGACACUCUGACACUGCCAGCUAGCACAUACAAGCAGGAGCGUGCUUCGACCAUGUCAUCUAACACCAUGACUACCAUGUCUGACACCGACGACGGUUUCUUACCCAUGGCAUACGACCCCAACCCUGCCCCUCCUCCUCUACCACGCCGUGCCAUGUCUAGAAGCAACAGAGAGCGCCCGUCAUCUUCGAGAUCAGUGUCGACAGAGCGCGAUAGUAUCCGCAGUCCUGGUGUUGGUCAUGUUGACAAGAGUCGUCAGCAGGGUCUUCGCAAUGUUUCGGGUAACAGCACACCCGUCACCACAUCGGCCGUCGCCUCGCCCUCGUCUCUCACCAGCCAACAACGUCCUCGUCUGCCGCAAGCAAAUAGCGCUUCUUUCACCUUGGCACCGCCAGAGCCCUUUAAAUUGCAGGAUGUCCCACGCGAUCGUAGAGUGUCACGCAACAGCCCUCGUCAUCCCGCCAGAGGCGAUUCUCUGCCACCAGCCAACGACAAGGCACAGUAUUCACGCGUUACCUCUCCCGACACCACUCCCGCUCUCAGACAGGCUGAUUCUACUCACGAACGUAAACAAUCCUCAACCUCCGCUCAAUUCGUGGAUGCCCUACCCCGACCCCAGGCCGAGUCACAGAAUGCACCGGAUGCGGGAAUACCGACCGCGCCUCCCAGAGCUGCAAAUCGUCCUUCUGCUUCAACCAAGCCCGCCGCCAACGACGAUUUUACAACCCCCAGGAUUCCUCCUGCACCUCCUGCAAACGAACGUCCACGUGCCGAAUCUGUCGGCAACCUUCAACAUGACCACAACGCUGCAGCCUCGCCGAAGGCUUGGCGUACACACCUGCCGAAACACAGUGCUGGCGAAGCCUUCUCUAUGGAAGAAGAAAUGUCCCGUAUCUUGAGAGGCGAUGAGCAGAAGAGAAAGGAGAAUGAGCACGCUGGCGUCCUUCGUCGUGUUUCAAAUGCUGUAAAGCAUGGCAGGAGCUUCAGCGACAAGUCAAUACCCUUACAAAAGACGCCUACUAUCAGUGCGGCCGACAUCAGCAGCCCCAUCCUCAUCUCCAGCCCUAUCACCUCGCCCGGUCAACUGGAUGUUGCUUCCUUGAGGUCUCAGCUGCGUCGCGCUCAACAAAAGAUUGCUGAGCUUGAGGCUGAUAAACUCGGCCUCGAGGAGAAGAUGGAUACUUCUGCCGAUAUCAAGCAGGUCAACACCGAACUGCGCGAGAAGCGCUCAACCAUGGCCUUCCUUGAUACUCAGCGCGAGAUGGUUGUCCGUGAACUUGAGAUCAUGACCGAGCACUUGACUAAGGCUAAGGAAAGCAACAAGCCUUUGGACAUUAGUCAACUCAAGUCUGAGAUCUUGCAGGACUUCGCCCACUCUCUGCAGAAGUUGAAGGACAAUCUCGGUUCGCAGAUUGAAGACCUUGUACACAAGCGAAACGAACUAACCGACGAUAUCACGAACCUGAUUCAAGUGAAGGACAAGGGUUUGCAGGAGUUCGAAUCGCUUUCUUCCAAGAAUAACCAACUUGCUGAAUUGAACAAUCAACUCGUCAGCGGUAUCCAAGAGAUGUACAAGUCUCAGAACAUCAAGCACGGCGGGUUCGACCGAUCGCCCCUCACUAACGGCUUGGGGAUCUACAACGGCUCGAACAGGGGCGACAUGCACUCACUGAACUCGUCGUUGCAAGAGUCUACCAGCCUUCACGACCUUUUGCCACAGGCAGCCGACGCAGAACCAGCUACUGUGCUCACAGCACCGCAGGUCGUCAACAUUCGCAAAGGACAACCCAAGAAGUUCAACUGGAAGAAGGGCUCGUCCGGUCUUGCAAAGAAUAUUACCAAAGGCGUCAAGGGCGCGUUCGCUGGCAACAACGAUCGCGGAGUUCCUAUCAAAGCCGACGGUACUUACGACAUCACCGGUAUGCCCUACUCGCAGAUGCAAGCAGGCCCUGGUGCUGGUUUUGGUUUCUUCUCUUCCGCUCAGAAGAACGGUCUCAAGCCAGGUGUUCAAGGCAUUCAUGGAAAGAACGCCAGCAGCUCCAACCUGCUUGCUGAGAAUCCUUCUGUAUUGUUCGGAUCAGAUCUCCGCGAACGUUGCGACUAUGAGAAACGCAUCUUGCCUUCGAUUGUCACGCAUUGUGUCGAAGAAGUCGAGAAGCGUGGCAUGGACAUGGAGGGCAUUUACAGAAAGUCUGGAGGAAGUGGUCAAGUCAAGCUUAUUCAGCAAGGCUUUGAGAAGGAUGGCACCUACGACAUUGCUGACCCAGAUCUUGAUAUUCAUGCCGUCACCAGCGCGCUGAAGCAAUACUUCCGCAAACUGCCCAACCCGCUCAUCACAUACGAGGCAUACGACCCACUUCUGGAAGCAGCCCAGAUCACCGACAAGGACAAGCAGAUUGCCGCCAUCAAAACUGCACUAGAGGCUAUGCCACAAGCUCAUCACGACGUGUUGGAGUAUUUGGUUCAGCAUCUAUGCCGUGUUGUCAAGCAGGAGUCGGAGAACUUGAUGACACCGCUCAAUCUUUCGGUCGUUUUCGCACCCACGAUCCUGCGACCUCUGAGCAUUGAACGCGAGAUGUCGGACAUGCAAGCCCAGCGUAUGGCAGUGCAGGCGCUGCUCGAACACGCGGACUCCAUUUUCGAAAACUAA